CUCCAGUGAUUGUUUACGUCCAUGUUCUGCGACUGUGUUGUAAAAUCUGUGUUUCGUCUCAGUGCUCGUACGUCCCUCCCUGUGAGAGGGACAACCAGAAGAACAGGGACAGCGUUCUGUGGUGGGAGGAUUAUUUCACCAAGGAGGUCAGCAGCCAAUCCUUCACCUGCUUCUUCAACCAGCAGAGGAGGCCCGACGACGUGUUGUGGCGUCGUUCCCACGACGCCAGCGUCCUGCUGCACUGCGUCCUCUGGCCCAUGGUGUCGCUGCUGCUGGGGACGCUCAUCGUGCUUCUGACCGUGUGCGCUCGUUCCCUCGCCGUCCGAGCCGAGGCCCUCCAGAAGAGGAAAUGCUCUUACGAGGUUUGCCAGGACCUCUCUGUCGCACCCUCAGAUCGCCGCGGCACCAAGGCCGGAGACCCCCUCUCGACAAACUCUGACGCUGAGCUGUCCUCGCCAUCAAGGACCCUGCCGCUGUUUGCGGUGCCAGUGCGACGGCGCGACCGAGAACAUUAAGACGGAACGGAAAGUUGUUUUGACGUCAUCAAGUCUUUUCUCUAAAGAUGCUGAUGAGCCGUUGGGCGAAGUCAACGCCACCGUCAACCCGCUGCUGUCUAGUGCGGUUUGUAUAACCAGAAAACACGAGGUGAACGCUGGAGGGGUCGUUUCACCCUGUUGCCUGUAGAUGUCAGCAGAAUCACUUUAGAGAAUCAUCUUUGUUUCUGAUUUUAACGAACUCGAUCUGAGAGAAAUCCGGACGCCGCUGAGCUGAAUCCUCCGAUUUGAACCAACAAUUCUUCUGUUGUAGCUUCAUCACGAAUGAUUAUUGACAUAAGUUCACGAGUCAGAUUCGAAUAUAAGCUCACAUGUAGCCCUCUGUUCAUCCCGUUUACCCAGCAGCCACACGAGAGUUUGAAAAGAGCCGAAGUCUGUAACUUCAGCUUGUGUCUUCAUGCAGGUUUGAUUAAUGUGUCUGAAGACAUGUUGGACCCGUGUCUGUCUCCUCGAGCACUUUGAUAGAACGUCUAAACUUUUCACCACUGAAACAAAAACUACAGAUUAACUGAAGCACCGCACGUCCUGUUGCUUUCUUCUGUUUCCAUGACAACCACCAACAUCCUCUCCUAAGUUUCUUCUUCAUAACUUUUCAACUUCAGUCUCUACGGUUUAACGUCGCUGAUAGAGUUGUUGUUUACAGACUCAUUCCACUAGAGGGCAGAAGAGAUCCCAAUCGUUCCUUGUUAAAAAUCAAGUGAACACGUCUCGUUGCUACG